AAUUGUUUGACGUUUGUUAUCCGCAUGUAAUUUAUUCAAAGGUAGAACAGUCGCUUGGCCUGAGAACGAUCGCUUCAAACACGGUAUUUAAUUGGUGGAAGGAAUCAAUUGUCUUCGUUCCGAUUUCGCAUAGAAUGUCACCGUUGUAUGAACAUUUAAAAUGUGCACAGUGCAAUUGCACUGAGGCACUGCUGUGGAAAUCCAUUGGAGAAAAGCAGCAGUUGUGCAACGACUGUUUCGAGCAGACCAAGAACAAUACAAAGCAGGAAGCGGAUUGUAAUCGUAAGGCGUAUGGCAAAACCGAUGAACGUCGCAGUAAAUUGAGAAAGAGCACAAGGAGUACAAGGUAUAAUGGUAAGAAUGGCAGUGGUACAAACAAUGCGUCCGGCACCACCAAUUCAAAUACAACAAAAACAAACAACACAAAAUCCAGCGGACGUGGUCGUCGCAGCCUAUUCCGAAGGCCACCAAUGAAAGCACCAACAAUAACUGCGACCACACAGCACGUGAACAGUUUGUUUUAUAAGGGUUCCUACAUUCAAAUCGGUGACAUUGUUUCAUUGUGUAAUUCCAAUUAUGAUGUAUUCUACGCUCAAAUCCGAGGAUUAAUGGUUGACAAUUUCUGCGAGAAAUCGGCCGCUAUAACAUGGCUAUUGCCAACGCAAAGUAGUCCGCCGCCAGGCGAAGGUUUCGAUCCAAGCACAUAUGUCAUCGGUCCGGAAGAAGAUCAACCGCGGUUGUUAUCAUGCAUGGAAUUUGUAAUGCAUGCUCCAAGUGAUUAUUAUCUGGACAAAAGCACACCAUAUCCCCCAAUCGAUGCCGAUCCAUAUAAUUCGUCACAAAAUUCAACCGGCGGUUUCAUUUGGACAAGCAUUGAUGCCAUGCAAAAACGCUGAAUUCGUUUCAUUUCAUAAUGUAAAAUGGAAAAUGUAUCUCAGCUCGCAUCAUCCGACUUUGGUUUCGUAUAAGAAAUCAUCUUCAGACUUCUUUUACUACCAUUCGUUGGAGAAUCAUACUAAAAUUUUAUUUUUUAUCCAUUAAAUCCAUUGGCUGUCAUUAAUUGUUAACGGAAACAACACAAGUACACACAUUGAAUCGACUGAUUGUAAUAUUAUCUCGAUGUAAUUUAUUGUAAGUAUGCAAGAGACUCAAAUCAAUUUACUGUAUUGAAUUUGUUGUAAGAUAUUUGCAUGGAAAGGCUCCAGUUCAAAUUUUAGUGUUUGAGUCAAAUUUGGUUCGGCUUGGGAUGAUCUUGUAGUUGAAAGGGAGGAAAUGUUUUUAAACAAAUAAAUUUACCAUAUACAGAACAUAC